GGCAACGAAAAGGAUGAUAAAAAUAUUAGCAGAAGCAAAACAUUGAUGUUAUUUAUUACUGUUAAAUUGUAGUCUGUUCAACAACUUCUCCUUGCCUGUGAAGUUAAGAAUUAUCUCUGGCUUUAAUAAUUGAUUCGAAUAAUUAUUAAAUUCUGAAACAUGGGUAUUGUACAUGCCAAAAGUCCUCCACAGAUGAGAAAUGCGACCCAGGAGCAGUGGAAGCCACUGGAUGAAGUGUCUGCUAGAGUUGACAAAAUUCAUUUUGAUGGUAUCAAAAGAACCAAAGAUGAUGUUCUUCUUCAUGUAGUUGGUGAGCUGCUCCAAGCCCAAAGCAUGGAAGAAGUUGUUCUGAAAGCUCACGGUGUGAGACAGCAGUUGGAAACAUUGCAGGCUUUCAAAAGUAUUGACAUUAUUUUAGACACAAGCACAGGCCCUGAUGCAUCUCCCAAUGGUCUGGAAGUUAUAUUUAAUGUGAAAGAACGCUCUCGUGUUGAUGGAAACAUUAAUAUCAUGACAGGCAACAAUGAGGGAAGUUUGCUGUUCAGGCUACUUCUACCAAAUAUGUUUGGAAGAGGUGAAGCUCUGUCCACAGAUUAUCAGUAUGGCAAAAAAACAGCAGGUUUCAAUAUAACAUCAACUAAGCCAUUUCUUAAUUGGGCAAAUCCUAGAUUGAAUCAAUUUGUGUUUGGAAAUACAACCGAGUAUCCAUGGAGUGGAUAUCAGGAAAAGCUUAAUGGACUUGGAGCUGAAGUGUCAUUUGAAUCUUCGCCUCAAGUACAACAUACAUUGCGCUGGGAAGGUGUAUGGAGAAACUUGCGAUGCUUGUCCCCAACAACUCCUUUUGAAAUAAGAGAGGAGGCAGGGCAUACUGUCAAAUCAUGUGUGAAACACAUAUUGUGUAUGGAUCAGAGGGAUGACCCUUGCCUACCUUUCCGUGGAAGCUAUUUUAGAUUGUACCAAGAAUACGCCGGCCUAGGAGGAAAUGUUAGUUUCUUAAAGCAUGAAGUUCAAUACCAGAUCAAUAAGUGUGUCUUAGGGGACUUGGUUCUUCAAGCAACAUUGAUGGGUGGUUUAGUACGUACUAUAGGUUUAGAUCGCUCUGUCCGAAUUAAUGAUAGAUUUUUCUUGGGCGGACCUUUAUCCUUGAGAGGUUUCAGUAUGAAUGGAGUAGGUCCACAUGCUAAUGAUUGCUUUCUUGGUGCAGAGGCGUAUUGGGCUGGUGCAUUGCAUGCCUAUGCUCCUUUACCUUUUCGUCCCUUAAAGCAAGUCCUUGAUAAAAUUUGCAGAACUCACUUAUUUUUAAAUACUGGCAAUAUUGGUAACUUUGCAUUCACUGAUGAUUAUCAUCAUAAUACUAUGGUUUUGUUAUCUCGUUUGAGGUGGUCAUGGGGAUUUGGAGUUGUAUUAGCUGUGGGCGGGAUAGCACGUUUUGAACUUAAUUACUGUGUGCCUAUAUCAAGUCAACCAGGUGACAGAGCACAAGAAGGAUUACAGUUUGGUUUAGGUAUUAACUUUUUGUAAAAACAAGUAGAACAUGCUGUCUAUUGAUAUUUUCCUAUAGCAUCAUUUUUCAAUCAGAUUAAAAAAUAAAUAAUGUUUUUGAAUUUGUAGAUGAAAAUUCUAUUUGAAUAAAUUACCUGAACUUCUU